AGAAAAGGGUACAAUUAGAUUAUUUUGAUUUUAUUGAGAUUAAUGGUAUGAAAUUAUCUGACCCUAGGCAAGUCUAUGUACAAAUUUUAAAGCAAUUAUCUGGAAAAAUUUUAACAUGGGAACAAGCACAUAAUAUAUUAGAAAAGAAAUUUAAUAGCAAUACUAAGAGACCUAUGACAUUGUUGCUUGUAGAUGAGCUUGAUUUAUUAUGUACAAAACGGCAAGAUGUGAUAUAUAAUCUAUUGGAUUGGCCUACAAAAGCUUCUGCUCGAUUAGUAGUUAUCACUAUUGCUAAUACUAUGGAUCUUCCAGAAAGAGUUUUAAUGGGUAGAAUUACAUCACGAUUAGGACUUACACGAGUAACUUUUCAACCAUACAAUUAUAAACAAUUGCAUGAGAUAGUGUUAACUAGACUUAAAAAUACAGAUAUUUUAAAAAAUGAUAUUAUACAAUUAAUUGCACGUAUCAGGUGAUGCUCGUCGUG